AUGACCCUUUUAAUAAAGGAAUUAUAUCAGCUCUGCAAAUAUCUUGAAGACAGGUCGUUUAGCUUCGUUGAAGACCUUAUACCUGCCGCUUUCCUAGUGCCCUCACAAACGCUAGAUGAUUUAAUGGCCGUAUCUUUGGUAAUUCACUCUCACUGGGGUAUUGAAGCCACGAUUACGGAUUACGUACGCCCUGCUAUUGUUGGCAAUGUUUUACCUAAAGUAUCUCAUGCUUCUCUCUUGUUAUUAUCCAUGGCUACUUUGGGAGGUCUUUUCUAUUUAAUUUAUAACGACAUUGGUAUCGCCAAGUCUGUUAAGCUGCUUAAUUUAUUUAUGAAAAAUAAAAGUCUAAAUGAGGAGUCUGCCACCAAAUAA